GCGCUGCAAACCGCGCUCUUCACAGCCGCCGGGGGAGGGGGAUUUCUCCGGGGCCGGCGCCUGCGCGCGCCCGGGGCCGCCACUCCCGGCUCCAGGGCUCCCUGCGCUCCCGGCGACCCCGCGGGCGCACCCGCUCCCCGCAGCCCCCGACCCGGGUCCGAGCGCCCCCCCUCCCCGAGGGACGCGAGGGCGGGCCGGGGAGUGCGGGGCGCGCGCCCGCCGCGCGGUGGCCGGCUCCCCGCCCCCGGGAGGCGGUGGCCGCGCUACGUCAGCGGCGGGAAAUCCCCGCGGCGGCGCGGCUCUCCCGGCGGCGCGCGGCCGCGGCGCUUCGCCCCCUGCCUCCUGCUCCCGGACGGCGACGCGGGGCGGGCGAGCCGCAGCGCGAGGACGCAGGGGUGGGAGGUGUGAGCCGCAGCCGGCGGGGGGCGGGCCGAGGACGACGCCCGGGGGUGGCCUGGGGGACGCGGGGUCCCGCCGGCAGAGCGCGGAGGAGCGGCGGGCGGGCGGACGCGGCUGCCUUCGGUCCGGACGCGCGGCGCGGAGCGGAGCCAUGGCCUCCGGUGGGUAUAACCCAUAUAUACAGAUCAUUGAACAACCCCGGCAGCGGGGAAUGCGUUUUCGAUACAAAUGUGAAGGGCGAUCAGCAGGCAGCAUCCCGGGGGAGCACAGCACAGACAACAACCGAACAUACCCAUCUAUCCAGAUUAUGAACUGUUAUGGAAAAGGAAAAGUGAGAAUUACAUUAGUCACAAAGAAUGACCCAUAUAAACCUCAUCCUCAUGAUUUAGUAGGAAAAGACUGCAGAGAUGGCUACUAUGAAGCAGAAUUUGGACAAGAACGCAGGCCUUUAUUUUUUCAAAAUUUGGGUAUUCGAUGUGUAAAGAAAAAAGAAGUAAAGGAAGCUAUUAUUUCAAGAAUAAGGGCAGGAAUCAAUCCUUUCAAUGUCCCUGAACCACAGCUGCUUGAUACUGAAGAUUGCGACCUCAAUGUAGUGAGACUGUGUUUUCAAGUUUUCCUCUAUGAUGAACAUGGUAAUUUGACGACUACUCUACCUCCUGUUGUCUCUAACCCAAUUUAUGACAACCGUGCUCCUAAUACUGCAGAAUUAAGGAUUUGCCGUGUAAACAAGAACUGUGGAAGUGUCAAAGGAGGAGAUGAAAUAUUUCUGCUCUGUGACAAAGUUCAGAAAGAUGACAUAGAGGUUCGGUUUGCAUUGAAUGACUGGGAAGCCAAAGGCAUCUUUUCGCAAGCUGAUGUGCACCGUCAGGUGGCCAUUGUUUUCCGGACCCCCCCGUACUGCAAAGUGAUCACAGAGCCAGUGACCGUGAAGAUGCAGUUGCGGAGACCUUCUGACCAGGAAGUUAGUGAGCCGAUGGACUUCAGAUAUCUGCCAGAUGAAAAAGAUACUUAUGGCAAUAAAGCAAAGAAACAAAAAACAACUCUACUUUUCCAGAAACUGUGGAAUGAUUGUGUUAAUUUUCCUGAAAGACCUAGACCUGGUCCCCUAGGAUCAACUGGAGAAGGAAGAUUCAUUAAAAAAGAAUCAAACUCGUUUCCUCAUGGUGCAGUUUUGACAGAAAUGUCCCAGCCAGCAGGGGUUUCGAGUCAAGCAGAACCUUAUUACUCCCCAUCUGUGUCCAUCUCGAGUGCAAUGCCACAUCAUGCCUCAGCCAUGCCCCCAAUGGUACUUCAGCCUUCUUCAAGCUGCUGGUCCUCAGAGGCCCACCCUGCCUCAUGCUCAGUCAACACAAAUCCACUGAGUAGUUUUUCAACUGGGACAAUUUCCUCGAAUUCACAGGUUAUCCCAACAUUCACAGAAAUGCCUGUCGAAUUGCAUGCUUCUAAUGCUUGCCUUUAUAACAGUGCCAAUGACACAGGCAGAAUGGAAAUGCCAUCCAUGCCGCCCGCUGCCUUCUGUGGCAUUUCUAACGCCAGCAUGCUGCAGAAUUGCUCUGUGAAUAUGAUCACGCCCAACAAUGACAGCAUGAGGGAGACUGACAGUUCGAGACUUAUGAGAAUGAAUGUUGGAAGCCCCUCUUGCAACUCGGUGUUAGACCAACAGGAAUUGAGACAGCUCCAUCAGAUGUCCUCUUCCAGCAUGUCGGCAGGCGCCAAUUCCGGUACCACUGCUUUCGCUUCACAGUCAGAGGCAUUUGAGGGAUCUGGCUUCAGUUGUGCAGAUAACAGCAUGCUGAACGAGCCAGGGCCUUCGAAUGGUACUAAUCCAAAUGGUCAUGGUUUUGUUCAAAGUCAGUAUUCAGGUAUUGGCACUAUGCAGAAUGAACAGUUGAGCGACCAAUAUGCAUUUGAAUUUUACCGAGUUGACUUGUAAGACUGAAAUGAUGGUUCAAACUUUAAAUCCUCUUAAAUGUUUGCAAUCGUGUUGGUAUUACCUAUUUUCUAUUCCUCCCGCCAUACGUAAGGGAUUUCUCUGAUAGGCUCUCUUGGCUGUGGGGCUCCUCUGAGAAGUGGAAGAGAGGGAUGAACUUAUCUCUCAACUUCAGGAAGAGCUGCAAAAAGCCCCAAGACUUUGCUUCAAGAGUAAAUAAAUCUACACCAUCUGAACUCUAGGCUGUGAUGCCCCAUGGAAUCUUGCUCAUAGUGUAUUUAAAUUAGCACAGAUUUCAGUCUAGGUUAGAUCAUUAUUUGACCAUUAGAAGUGUAUAAUGAAUCUAUAUAUAUAA